AUGAUGCACCUGCAAGGAGUGGCAGACGAGAUCAUGUGUAGGGCCUUCCCCAUUACGCUGAAAGGACCCGCAAGGAUUUGGUUUAGCAAGUUGACGCCCAACUCCAUUAGUACCUUCAAGGAGUUAAGCGCCCAGUUUGCCUCACACUUCAUCGGGGGACAUAGGUAUAAGAAGUCCACUGCAUGCCUGAUGAACAUUAAGCAACGAGAGGACAAGACAUUGAGAUCUUACAUAACCCAUUUUAACAAGGAGGCCUUCUCAAUCAAUGAAGCUGACGAAAAGAUACUUAUGGCUGCAUUCACGAAUGGGCUACAGAAGGGUAAAUUCCUAUUUUCUAUAUAUAAGAACGACUUAAAGACUAUGUCAGAUGUGAUUUAUAGGGUGACUAAGUACAUGAAUGCGGAAGACACACUACUGGCCCGAGAAAAAAAGCCUAAGAAGAGGGAAAGACAGGAAGACAUAUGGCAAGAUAGGGGGCGGAAGAUGGCUAGAAUUGGAGAACGGCGGGAGGACAGGUGCUCCAAGCCCCCCACGAGGAGGUUCACGAGCUUUACCCCGCUGACUACCCUGAUUGACCAAGUCUUGAUGCAAAUCAAGGAUGAAGAAACCCUGACAUUUCUUAGAAAGCUAAAAAGAGAUCCUAAUAAAAGGUCUAAAGACAAGUACUACAGCUUCCACCAUGACCACGGUCAUGACACAGCCGACUACUACGACUUGAAGCAAUAA